CGCGGGCGGGGGGGCUCAGGUGCGCGGCGGGACGCGCAGCCCUCAGCCGCCAACGCGGCGGGCACCGAGCCGGCGAUCCACUCCAUCCCAGGGGCCGCCCUCCGUCUCUCCCCGGUGCUGUCCCCUCCAUCCUGGGGUCUGUCUGUCCUCCGUCUCUCCCCAGUUCUGUCCCCUCCAUCCUGGGGUCUGUCUAUCCUCCAUCUCUCCCCGGUGCUGUCCCCUCCAUCCUGGGGGUCUGUCUGUCCUCCAUCUCUCCCCGGUGCUGUCCCCUCCAUCCUGGGGGUCUGUUCUUCGUCCCUUCCUGCUGCUGCCCCCUCCAUGCCAGGGGUCUGCCUGCCCUCCAUGCCCAGUGCUGUCCUCUCCCUCCCGUCAGUCCCUCCGCAUUCCCCUUUACUGCCCCGUUCUGGGGAGAGUCCAUCCCCGUGCCCUACCCUUGGUGUUGUGGGGUACCAAUGAAAUGGGCUGGAAAAUUUGGCUAGGGCAAAGGGAUGCAGGUGUGAGGACAGGGUGAGCGGGCCUGGGGGUGCUGGAGCAGGGCAGGACCCCCGGGAAGAGCAUGCCAAGGUGGAAGGGGGCUCACUGCAGGCAGGGGUGUCCGUGUCUGUGGGCUCCCACACCUGCCUCCUGCCAGGAGAACCUGCCCAGAGCCACCUGGAGUCCUGCCCGCUGCCCUCACCCCACACUCUCACACUGCCCAACCCUACAGGAGUCCUCUCUCUGUCAAGGGGUGCUCAGGGACCUCCUGGCAGUACCCCUGGGAGUCUCAGGAGCACAGAUAUCCCAAAGGCAUGAACGUUGCCCCCAAACACUGUGCCCACUCCCUCAGCGUGGCACCCAUCGUGCCACACAGGGAGGACAGAAAGGACACCUGCCUUUUGUUCCCUUCCUCCUCUGUCCUCGGGAGGCACCAGCAGUGGGCAGCCAUCAGCCUGGGCUCUGGCUGGGGCUCACAUCUCAUCUCUGCAAGCAGAGAAUUCGGAGGGAAGCGCUGGGGUGACACUCACCACACCCAGGGCCUGAGCCAAGUACACUCCAGGGGAAUCUGGAGAAGCUGGAGGGGGUGUCAGUCCUCCUUGAGUCUGGUUUCAUCUUCCUCAGGUCUUAGGGAAUAGCUCAGGGCAGGACCUGGCCCAUGCUGUAGGCACAGCUUCAAAGAUGGGAUGUGUGGGGAUCCCAGAGAGCCUCACUGGAAUGAUCAUCCCUGGAGGCUCCACCAGCUCAAGCAACAGAUCUGCCCUGCACCAGGGUGAAGCCACACGGAAGGGACAGGGGGGACCAGGGCAAUGGCAAUGCCAGCUGAGCUCAUGGCUCAUGCAGAUGCCACUAAAAGCAGGAUGAGUUCUUCACAAAGCUGCUCCCUGAAUUGAGCAAAUUCCCUUGGUCCUCAGAGAGUCCUAGGAGCCCUCAGAGAUUUCUGCUCUCUGCAUCCACCCUUCACCUGCCUGCAGGAACACAAGAGAUGACCAGCUCCCCAAAUCCACCUCCAGUUACAAGCAAAUCCCUCGUUGUAUUUGGUGCUAAACGUGGUGUGCAAACCCACCCUUAAGGGUCGUCACACACGGGCAGCCAGGCAAGCCAGCAAAGUGAUUUCAUUCCUUGUGGAGCUUGUUUGAAGAUUCUCCCGUUAAUCCCGGGAAGCUGUCUGACCCCGGGAAGCCUGGCUGCCCCCGCUGCGGCUGCCUCAGACACGGCCCCAUCUGGAGGGCAGCGCUGUGGGACAGCCACACGCGCGAUGGCAUCAGAGACACGGGCAUGUUCCUGAGGCCGAGAUGAGAAGUGGGGGCAGAGGACAGAACAGGAGUCUUUGCCUGUCCCGGCUGUCCCUGCCUGCUCCUCCUGCAGCUUGACUGUCUGCCACCGUGUCCCCCGGGUAGGUCCUGGUCACCUGCAAGCAGGAAGCAUCAGUGGAAAUUCCCCUGGCAGCCGGUUUGCUGGUAGUGAUCUGCCCGGGGCACCUCGGCACCCACAAGGAAAUGCUUUUGCCGGGGAAUGCUGCCACAUCCUGCCCCGAGGUGCCCAGCCCAGGGAGGUUUCCCGUCCCUCUCCCCAGCAGCAGCUGCUGCUGCUCUGAGCCUCUCCAGCGCUCACGUUUCACCGACCAUAAAAGUGUCUGGAGGGGGAAUGGGAGCGGGAGCAGCGCUGUCCCUGCUGAGGGGAGGGAGCCGCGACUGUCCCUGUCCCACGGCUGCUGCCUUCCCUGCGGUGACCCGGGCCUGGCCUCGCCUCCUGCGUGGCUGGAGAGAUGCCCAAAAUGGAUCAAAGAGCCAUGGAAACAAGCCGGCAGCGAUUCCCCGGCGGCAAGCAGGCAGUGGGGUGUCACUCCCGGGGGCAGGCAGACGGGGACGGGGACCUGGGAGCAGCCGGGACUUGCAAUAGCGGGGUCACCGUGGCUGUUUGGGGACCUGAGCUGAGCUCUCCCCUCCCCGCUCCAGCUCGGGCUCAGCCAGCCUGGAGAUUCCUGCAUUCCCAUUUCAGGAUCCAGCACAGCCUCUGCUCUGGGGGAACCCCACUUCUGCCGGGACCCCAACACGGCCAUGAGAGCCCUGGCGGGAGCAGGUGCAGCCCACACCGAGCCCUUCCCGCUGAGGCUGCUCAUCACCACGCUCCUUCUCCGCUUUUCCUCCUGCACCCGAGCCACCGGUGCCCCCGGCUCUCCACACUGGUGCCACUUGGGCCCUUUGGUGCCCGGUGGGUGCAGUGUCCCCUGCAGCAGCCCCUGCCCACCCCAGUGCCAGCUGGCCCUGGGAUCAGGCGGGAGCACGAGAGGAAAGCGCCCAGCAUCUCCCCGGAUCCAACGCCCCCGGGGCAGCGGGGAGGGGGUGCCAUUCACCCCCUGCCCGUGUGCGAGCGGCUCGGGGCCGCCCGGAGCGGGGUGAGCGUGCAGCCGGGGCUCGGAGGCAGCGGGAGGGAGGCGCUCGGGGGAAUCAGUCAGGUGUGGACGAGGUAUGAGGGGAGGCAGGGAUGGAGCCGCACUCGUGACAGCGGUGCCGAGCGCUCACGCGCAUCCCUCCUCCCGCCGAGAUGCAGCAGGGCCGGCCAUCCCUCUGCUGCGUCUCCACCAUCCGCAGCUCGCAGGGACCACCCGAGCCAGCCGCCGCUGCCGCCUCUGCUCACUUCAGCUUCUGCCGCAGCCUCCUGGAGCACACGGUGUCGGCCGAGAACCUGAGCUACCGCCUGCAGCGCUCCGCGGGCAGCAGCCUCACCUGGCACGACGGCCGCAGCCAGCGCCCCGACGGCGCCCGCACCGUCAAGCUCCUGCGGCAGCCGGGCACCGAGGGCUCGCAGGUCCGUGGCUGUGACCACUAUGGCAUCUACCACACCAGCCCCAUGCUGGGCAGCCUGGUCAAGCCAGUGGUGCUGUGGACCCAGCAGGAUGUGUGCAAAUGGCUGAAGAAGCACUGCCCACACAACUAUCUCAUCUACGUGGAGGCGUUCUCCCACCACGCCAUCACAGGCCGGGCGCUGCUGCGGCUGAAUGGGGAGAAGCUGCAGCGCAUGGGGAUCGCGCUGGAGACGCAGAGGCAGGAGCUGCUGCAGCAGGUCCUGCAGCUCCAGGUGCGCGAGGAGGUCCGCAACCUGCAGCUGCUCAGCCAAGCUUCUUUUGGAAAUGUCUCCUAGCUGAUCCGUCUGUUUGGCAGAUUGCACCAACACUGUGAACCGAGCUCCGCUGGGAUGGGCUGUGCAUCGCCGAUACGAGACCUGAGCCACACGCUUGGAAUAAGAAGAGACAGCUUCCCAGACACUCCAGGGCUCCUCUCCUGCUUCUUCCUUCUCUUUCUUUUAAAGGAAUACAUUCCUGUGCAGGGAUGGAAGGUUUCUUCCAGCAGACAUGGCUCUUGGCUGGAGGAAAAUCAGCAAACCUACUGCUGGGACAGAUGAUGAACUUCCAUCCACCUGAGCCUGAUGGUUCACAGGGAAAGAGAUGGAAAAAAGGAGAUGGCAAAAGGCAGGGCUCAGCACUGUGGAGAAAGGGACUGCCGUGAUUCCAGGGACAGCUCAGAGCCAUGUGCAGGACAUUGAAGCAUUAUGCACUUGGGCAACAUCCCAGCACCCAGCAACUCGUGUCCAUGCCUCGGAGCCUAUUUAGGGAGCUUUGGUUUCCUCAUCAGACUGGGCUGCCUUCCAGCGUCCGGGGAGGUGACGUUAUCAGUAGCAAACAAGAUGAUACAACCAGACAAAAAAUUCAAAGCGGGGCCAAGACCCCAGCACCCAGCUCCACUUGGUGAGUUAAAAAGGGAGCUGAGUCAUCAGAGCUGGAAAAUCUGCAAGUAAAAGCAGGUUGGGUAUACCAGGAGCCAUGGCCUGGAGGAAGCUGUGCCAAGAGCUCAUCCUUCAUCCGCUGGCAGAGCCCGUGCAGGGGCUGGGGGGAGCAGGCAGGGUGCUGCUGGCUGGUUGUGGGGGCUGCCCAGGGUGGGGCUGGGGGAACACGGGGCUCCAGGUCCUCCCCAGCUCCUGUGCCUGGUCCUGCUCUGCUCCAUGCCCCCACCAGCUCUGCAGAGCUCUGCUCAUCCAGGCAUUGGCAGGUUCCUGUCCUGACCUCCUGCCCAAGGGCUGGCGAUGGUGCCACCAAAGCCAGGCACCUUCCUCAUGACCGUCACCAUCAUUACAGAGAAAGUGUUUGCUGUUAGGCCCCCAUCUCCCAAAUUCUCCCAUACAGAGCUACAGACUGCCCUUGUGGGCAGAUAAGGAAAAUCCAUGUGUAAAUCAGGAUUUUUGGCCAGGGUGGAUGCUGUCACCUCCCCACAUUCCACCUCAAGUGGUGAGGGGAGGGCUGUGGAGGUCCAAAAACAGCAGCACCUCAAAACCCCUGGGGCACUGGGGUGUGGAGGCAGGUCAUGGUGCUCCCUGGCCAGGCAUCCUCCUGCCUGCUUCUCUGCUGGUAAUAAAUUAGAGACUGUUAUUUUAA